CCCUCCUGACCGCCAUCUCACGCCUCAUCUCACCUCACACUCUAAUUUGUCUGGCUGUAGACCUACGCACGACUACAUAGCUCAAAGAUGGCACCAAAAGUCUCAGCAUCAAAAGCGAAACGCCUCGCACAAAAGGUUGCGAUUCAAAAUGCUAAGGGCAGCACUACAGCGGGGUCGACGCCCCCUGGCUCAAAUCUAGGAAGCGAGGCCAGCACUCCGAUCACCAGCCUUUCCGCUGCCGCGAGCAGUGAUGACCUGACUUCAAUGGCCAAGCUUCAGAUUGCAACUGAUCGGAGUGCUGCAGGCAAUUUGGCAUCUGAUGCCAAAGGCCGCGAUAUCAAGAUCGAUCAGUACACAUUGUCAUUCCAUGGCCGAUUACUCAUCGAGGGCGCGGAGAUUGCAUUAAACUACGGACAACGUUAUGGACUGUUGGGCGACAACGGCUCGGGGAAGUCAACCUUACUGCAAUCGAUAGCUGAGCGGGACAUAUCCAUCCCCGAUCAUAUAGACAUCUAUCUCGUUCGCGGCGAGGCAGAACCAUCAGACAUUAACGCCUUAGAUUUUAUCAUCGCAUCCGCUCGUGAAAAGGUCGCGCGACUCGAGAAGCGUAUUGAAGACAUGAGCGUGGCGGACGAUGUUGAUGAACUGGCAUUAAACGCUGCUUACGAGGAGCUAGACGAACUUGACCCUAACACGUUUGAGGCGAAAGCGGGUAGUAUUCUCCACGGUCUCGGCUUCAGUCAGGAGAUGAUGAAACGUUCAACAAAAGACAUGAGUGGUGGUUGGCGUAUGCGUGUCGCACUUGCUCGUGCCCUAUUUGUUAAGCCACAUCUCCUCUUGCUUGACGAGCCGACGAACCAUCUCGAUUUGGGCGCCGUCGUCUGGCUUGAGGCUUAUCUUUCUACUUACAAUCACAUUCUCGUCAUCACUUCGCAUUCGCAAGACUUCAUGGACAGUGUUUGCACGAACAUCAUGGAUCUCACUCAUAAAAAGAAGCUCGUAUACUAUACUGGUAAUUACACGACUUACGUCCGCACUAAGACGGAGAACGAAGUCAAUCAAAUGAAGGCGUACCAAAAACAACAGGACGAAAUUAGUCACAUCAAAAAAUUCAUCGCGUCGGCUGGUACGUACGCCAACCUUGUCAAACAGGCCAAGUCGAAGCAGAAGAUCAUCGACAAGAUGGAAGCUGCUGGACUUGUCGAGAAGGUCGAGCAGCCGAAACCAUUACGGUUCAACUUCGAAGACAUUCGCAGACUCCCACCACCUAUCAUCGCUUUCACGGAUGUUGCAUUCUCGUAUUCAAGAAAGAAAGAGGACUAUCUCUACGAGAAGUUGUCCUUCGGUAUUGACAUGGACUCCCGAAUCGCUAUCCUUGGUGCUAAUGGUGCCGGAAAGUCAACGCUCCUCAACCUUAUCACCGGCGUCCUGCAGCCUGUCGAAGGCACAAUAUCAAAACAUGUGAACUUGAAACUCGCCAAAUACUCGCAACAUUCUGCAGACCAACUGCCUUACGACAAGACGCCGAUUGAGUACCUCGAAUCGCUAUACAAGGAGAAAUAUCCCGAGAAGGAUGUCAUGUCGUGGCGGGCUCAACUCGGUCGUUUCGGUCUUUCUGGAUCGCAUCAAACCUCCUUGAUCAGGCAAUUGUCCGACGGUCUACGGAACAGAGUUGUUUUCUCACAACUUUCUAUGGAACAUCCUCAUAUUCUUCUACUCGAUGAGCCAACGAAUCACUUAGACAUGAUGUCUAUUGACGCUCUUGCUCGUGCGAUCAAGGAGUUUGAGGGUGGUGUAGUUAUUGUUUCACAUGACUUCCGACUAAUCUCGCAAGUUGCGGAAGAGCUGUGGGAAGUGAAGAACAAGACUAUCCGUAACUUGACGAGGGAAGACAUUUCGAUUGUUGACUAUAAGAAGAUACUCAUGAGCGAAAGUCAAUCGGCACUCGAGAAGGCGAAGUUAUUCAGCAAGACAACGAGUCGAACAAAGGCUUGAACUCGUGCAAGGUCAUUUCGCAGGGAGGAGGGCGUUGACCUUUCAGGGGAGACUACGACAGUGCUGUACAUCGCCGCAUACGUGUGGGCUUAGUACUGGUUAUGUUCUCCAGUAGUGUUGUAGGAAGAGGCGUAUAUCGAUGUGUACAUGUAUGAUACGAUACGUGUACCCAUCUGACCCAUUCGAGUUGUGGACACAUAGAGCAUAUUGAGACUGUAAUGAUCACUGCACGGGUGCUUUCGAUUCUAGACGUACAUUAUCUAGCUUUUUG